AGGAAAGGAGGGAAAAGAGGACUUAGUGGGUUGAAAUGGGUCAUGGUUUUCACUGAAAUCCAGGAAUAAAUUUCCAGGAUUUCUCUUCCAUUCUGUUAAAGUACAAGCCUUUUCAACCGAUUCUGCAGUUUCACACGUGUAAAUUACUCAUGAUUUUGGCAUUCUCUGGGCAUUUAUCUUGGAUGAUUUCCAUAAGCCACAGAUAAAACAAAUUUUCUGCAGUUUUGUGUGUGGCUGUUACCUUGGAAUUUGUACUGGAACACUGUUUCUUCUGGGUUGCAAUCCCUUUCCAUAGGGCUGUGCCCUCUGGUUUUGAGUUGAGGAAGACUUAACCUGUGGUUUCUAAGGAGAGGAAGCAAAUUCUUGAGCAAUGGAUGAAAAGGAGGUCUCGAGCUCACACUUGAUCUCUGAAGGCAAAAGUAAUAAUGUUUAUCCGAUCUAUUUUGGUAUUUCUUGUGCAUUCUCUGCCCUCAGGCUGAUUUCAGGGCCUGACGAGGAUGAUGAAAAAUGGUCCAAGAUACGGGAUAGAAUGCUUCAAGGAACCGCUCAACUCUUGGGAUUGCUGGUAUGGAAUGUUCAAAGAGAAGGAAACAAUGUGGGGAAGUCUGAGCUUCUCCAUAGGCUUCAGGUUGCUGAGAAAGAAGUUGAAGAGUUGAAGAAACUGAGACGUGAAGAUGCAAAAGCCAAUGAGAAAGUUGUGAGCAUCUAUGCUGCACAAGAACAGACCUGGUUCAGCGAAAGGAAGAGGCUUCGGCAGCAAAUUGGAGCUCUUUUUAAUGAAUUCAGGGUUCUUCAGACAAAGAAGGAUGGAGCUCUCUCGGAAUUGAAUGAAAAAAUAAAGGAGUUAGAGUUUUUGAUACAGUCUAAGGAUAAGGUAUUGGAGGAAGAAGAGCGAAAGAAGAAAGAGUUAGAAGAACAGCUAAAGAAGGCUGAAGAUGCAGCAGAGGAAUUGAGAGUAGCUGCAAAACAUGCAGCUCAAGAGCAUUCUUCUGAGCUUUGGAAGCACAAAACUACCUUUCUUGAGCUUGUUUCAAACCAGAGGCAGCUUGAAGCAGAGAUGGGUCGAGCCCUUAGGCAAGUAGAAGGAGGAAAACAAGAGCUUGAUUCAGUCUUGGAGCAAAAGGAGGAAUCGGUCUUGAUGGUCCAAAAGCUAUCCAUGGAAAUUGUAAAGAUGCGAAAAGACUCUGAACAGAAAGACAAAAUUUUGUCUGCUAUGCUGAGGAAAUCCAAAUUGGAUACAUCAGAAAAGCAGAUGCUUUUAAAAGAGGUUAAAUUAUCGAAGGCAAAGAGAAAGCAAGCUGAGCUAGAGACAGAAAGGUGGCGGGCAGCUUCCGAGUCUAGACAUGAGAGGCAUUCAUUGAAAAGCUUUUUGUCUAACCAAAUUUAUGGUGCAAAAGGGACGCAUCCUAAUGCAACCGUAUCAUCACAGAUUGGAAGGACCAGAUCACAGCCAGCUGAUCUUCUUCUUGAGUAUGUGCAACCUGAGCUUAGAGAUGAGUCAGAAAACCUCUCUCUCCUUUCUGAACAAUACCCUUCAGAAGAAAAUGAAGAACUAGUGAUAGCAACUGAUGUUAAGCAGUUGGAAGGUUGGGUGCGCUCAGAAGCAGAAAAGUAUGCAACUCUAAUUGAGCAGAGGCAUCACCUAGAAAUAGAUGCUUUUGCAGAACAAAUGAGACUCAAAGAUGAGAAGUUAGAAGCUUUUCGGUGGCGGUUGAUGAGCAUGGAGCUAGAAUCAAAGAGGCUGCAGUCACAUGUUGAGGGGCUGAACCAGGAUAUGUCACAGCUCCGACAAAAGAAUGUGAAACUUGAAGCCUUGUUAAUGAGCCGGGAAGCAGAAUUAACUUCCUUGAAAGAGCAGUUGACAUUGCAUUUAAACCCCUUAAUUUUCCCAAAGACCAACUUCAAUUCAUCUCCACCCGAUCCAGCUUUAGCCCAUGAUACAAUUUGGUCCAAAGUUAAGAUCAUAAAGGGAAAAUUGGGGGAGGAAGAGCAAGAAAUAAAGACGAGUACAGUGGAAAUUUCUGAAGAGGUGGAGCAUGAGAAAGAAGAGGAUAGUCCAUUUGUAAAACAGUCUAGAGAAACAAUUUUGACAGUCCAAUCCCCGGAAAAAGAGUUUGAAGAAGAAAAGGUUGUGCCCCUCUGCCCAAGCCCCAUUCAACAUCAACAUGCGAGCAGCCCAGAGAAGGUUGAUAUUGUUGAAAAGUUAGCACCGGUGGGUCAGUCCUUGAGUAAGAAAAAUAAUACUCCAUGGAAGAUGGAUCUUCAUGCUCUUGGAGUCUCUUACAAGAUCAAAAGGCUGAAACAGCAGCUUGUCAUGCUUGAGAGGUUGACUGGAAAGCAAGAAAGUGGUGAAGAUAGGGAAAGUGAUGAGAAAGGGCAGUUGGGAAUAAAGGGUUUUCUUUUGUUAAUGUUUUUACUGAAUAAACAAGUUAGCAGGUACCAGUCCCUCCAAGAGAAGAUAGACGAUCUUUGCAAACGAAUGCAUGAGAGUGAUGUAGAUACCGGCCGAGGAGAUUCCAGUAGUUCAAGAGCAAGGGAGGAAACUAAAGCACUUGAACACUUUCUUGAGGACACAUUUCAGCUGCAGAGAUACAUGGUUUCAACAGGGCAGAAAUUGAUGGAAAUGCAAUCCAAGAUUGCUUCUGGAUUCCUUGGAGUUGCUGAAGAGCUGGAUGGGUCUGCCAAUUUUGACAUGAAGCGGUUUGCUGAUAAUAUUAGAACUCUCUUUAGGGAAGUUCAAAGAGGUCUUGAAGUUCGAAUCGCUCGAAUUAUUGGAGACCUUGAGGGAACCCUGGCAUGUGAGGGGAUCAUUCAUUUAAGGAGGUAGAAAUGUGAACUAUAAGAUCAAGAUGAAGGCUCAAUAAGGUCUGAAAGUCGUAGUGUGAUUUUCUACUGUUCUUUUUUCUUUUUCUUUUUCUUUUUCCUUUUUCCUUUUUUGUCCUAAAUUCAUAGUUGAAGGUGUAUAGGAAUUACACAUUUGUUUUUAAUGCAAUAGAAAUGCCUUUUGCCCUUGCUUCA